AUGCCUUCUUCUUCUGUGUAUGGAUGUGAAUCAAGGAAUGCUAACAGCUCCGUUCAGGUCUAUCCCGGCCAAGCGUCCUUCUCGGCGUUCCCUUACUCCGGUGUGUGUGCUACCCUUGACGUCCUCGGCCGCUACAACGCCAUGGAGGUUGGCGAUGCUGUGUUGGAGACCUCCCAACGUCUCCUUCACGGGCGGGAAUUCGCAUCCUUUGAUGCGUUCGAGGAUACCAUUUCGAGUUUUACAGAGGUUAAAAAUAAAACUCGUUGACCUUGACUAUGCAUAGGAGAUGGGUUACCAUUUCAAGCCUGUCAAUUUGCAUAAGCUUCCCGCUGGCAGCCCCACUGCGGAGACGUCUUGUAUUCUACAGUUGGAAGUACGUGUGCGUUUUGGCCUCAAUUCGACAGUAUGCUUGAAUUUUCGUUAAUUCUAAAGCCACUGUGUAGCCGUACCGGCUGUGA